UCAAAUAAAUCCCCCUUCCAUGAUCCUUUUCAGCAUCAACCACAAGCAUUAUCUACUCAGCUUCCAAAGGUCUCUAUAUUUCUUCUUUACUUUCUUGUUCCCAAUCUUCUAGAGAAAAGAACAAUGCUCAACGCUAAGAAACUCAUCAAAAUGGCCAGGAAAUGGCAGCAGUUUGCAGCCACUCAAAGGAAGAGGAUUUCACUUCCAAGAAAUGGCAAUGAUACAGACAGUUGUAGUACAUCUUCAUCCUUUACAGCCGUAAAAGGCCAGUUUGUAGUUUAUACAACCGAUCAAAGGCGCUAUGUGAUUCCAUUGGCUUACCUGGAGAAUGAGGUCAUUGUACAACUUUUAAACAUGUCUGAAGAAGAGUUCGGGUUGCCAAGUGGAGGCCCUAUUACAUUACCAUGUGAUUCAGCAUUUCUGGAUUACAUCAUUUCACUAAUCAAGAAAGGUGCAGUUGCUGAAGAUCUUCACAAAGCAUUGCUCCUAUCAGUUACUUCAUAUUGUUGUUCAACUUCUUCUUUGCUCCAAGAAUGGCGAAACCAGCAGCUUCUUGUUUAUUAAGUCAUAAUCAUUUUCUUUAGUAAAUGACAGCUAAAAAUAGAUUGUAUAGCAGUUGAAAAGUAGGCAAUUGGAAAAAGUGUAUUACAUAUUGAUAGAGCUUUAUCUGAAAUUUAACCAGAUUUAUAGAUAUCAGUUUUUUC